CUGAUCCACCCCUCUCUGUCUCUCUAUCUCGCUCGCUCUCUAUCCAUGGCGACUCUCUCUUCCCCACAUAAUUUAUCCUCCUCCAUCGCUUCUUCUGCUUCUCCACCACCUCCUCCUCCACUCCAGUUUCCUCUUCUCUCCUCUCCGUCUGUCCUCCCAAGUCUGAUCGACAGAUCAUCAUCCCAUGGCGUAAGGCUUUCGUCCCCUUCUUCCUCCCGGAGGUGGGCGAGCUUACGCCGGAGGCCCCGCGUUCGUCCCUCCGCCUUGCUCUACGGCGGCGGAGGAAGGCCAGUAGACACCCAGACGUUUAUCGUCACUGCCACUGUCCUCGCCGCCGUCGCACUUUCCCUCUUUCUCGGUCUCAAGGGUGAUCCGGUGCCGUGCGAGAGGUGUGGCGGUAAUGGUGGCACAAAGUGCGUUUUCUGUAACGACGGUAAAAUGAAGCAGGAAACCGGUCUAGUCGAUUGUCGGGUGUGCAAGGGUGCAGGGCUGAUACUCUGCAAAAAAUGUGGGGGUUCUGGAUAUUCAAGGCGCUUGUAAACUAUCUGUUGAUUUCUUACUCUUGCACGCUAUUCUUCAUUCCACAACUUGCGACUAAAAUGUCACCGAGAAUAUGUUGUUGAUUGGUUACUUGAGAAUUCCAGUCACCUUCAAGUAUUCCUGAAGCUGUAGCGCAUUACCGAUCAGAUGAAAUUGUGAAGAGCAUGUCAAAAUGUAAUUAGAUCCGCACAAUUGUCUCCUGCAUCGAUGAGCAGGGAUUCUUUCUGCAGAUACCUACGAAUCCUACCUUCCCUGUGAUUGGGGUAGCUUAUUGAAAGUGGUUCCCAGGAACGAUAAGUGCAACCGCAAGACACGUCGAUGUUCCGUACCGGGAAGCUUCUAUCUUUCAAGAGAGAGAUCGGUUGAUGCUGUUCCCGGCGUCCCUCUCGCGUCGCCCUUUUGAAGUCGAGACCGACUCCAAUUUUAUCCUCUUAUUUUUUGGUACAAUCUUCCACUCUAUCAUCGCGACGCCGGGGAGAGAGAGAGAGCGACGACAGGGGAAUCCCAAGAGGGAAAAGAGAUCCCUUCGCCCUUUUUCCCCUAUCUUUUUCUUGUCUUCAAUCGGACACGGUUGUAAGAUGGGGUGUCAGUUGGGGUUGGUGGCGGCCGAUGCGACGAUGAUCUCGAAACCCUCCUCGCGCGGUGGUGGCGCGCCGGAAGAGUGAUCUCCGGUUUCCGGAGCCGUGCGGCGCUGUUUCUUUCGUUUCUGACACCGGCCUCCGGGGUUAGCUGCCGCGAUGGAGGGGCAACGAGGCCCGCACCGACCUACAGGGUGGUGAAUGCGAUCAUCGAGGAUGAGGACGACGGGCACACGCUGACGGCCGUUCCGGCCAUCGGGGAGGAGGGUAUGCGAGGGUUUAUCGGCCCACGGCUUUACUGUUUGGUGAUGCAACUGCGCUGAAUGGCAAUUCGGCAGCUCCACCAUGAUCGGCAGGGAGCGCUGGAAUCGUCCGAAUGGGAGAGGCUUCAAAGAUCAGGAUGGAAUCUCCUCUCCGAAGGCUGCCACAGUCACCGCCACAGACGGCCCUUCAUCUUCAACGCACCUUGGCUUCCUCCUCCUCGCCUUCCUUCGACCGGGAGACAGAGGACGUCAGGCUCUUCCCUUGCCACUUCUGCAACAAGAAGUUCCUCAAGUCCCAGGCCCUUGGGGGGCAUCAGAAUGCUCACAAGAAACGAAGGACCAUGGCUGGAUGGAGCUCCUUCAAUUUCGUCUCUCCUCACCGCGGGUGGACUACGCCGCCGUUUCCCAUCGCCUCCCACGGAUCCAAGUAUGUCCCGCGUGAGAGCUUCAACUCCCCUGGGCCGCCUCGCUUCGGCGCUGACCACCCGCAGCUGGCCACUGCGAGCGGGAACCGAGCAACGUACGCCGCUGGACACGAGACCAUCGAUCUUCUGAACUGGCAGAGGGGUUCCCACCCUCCACAAGUGCUCUUGGCCGAUGCCUCCAACUCCGACGGAUGCCAGACCGAGCUUGAUCUUUCUUUGAAGCUCUAGUAAAGCUCCGCCGUCACACCGGCGGAGUGAGGUGGGAAGAACACGUAUGCUUGUGAUGCGGCUGGCAUCAGUAUUCAUUGGUGGUGAGGCGUCGACGUACCGUAAAGGAUGUGCACUGUGGAUGAUGGUACUCUUAAUCUCCUUCGGUAUUUCCUCGUGAAUAGCAGUUCAGCUCAUCAACCAAUCAACCCUUAAGAUUACUGAGCUUGUGUUUUCUCUCGUAUAGAGUAGUUUGGAUUUCAAAUCCUUUCUUUACCAACAUCAUGCGGGGCAUAUGUGAUCAGAUUAUUUCUUACGUAUCUGUCGUAUGCAUCAUAGGACAAACCGAAUUCCAUAGUGAUCUGUAGGACGCCAAAAUUAUACUCCAUUUGGUGAUUUCCUUUCUGUGCUUGGCUUCUAAGCACACCUAGUCCUUAAGCAGUGAGGUUAAGUAGGCGA